GCGCAGUAGAGGGAGAGAGCGCGCCACCUAGUGGCCGCGGAGCCGAGCGCCGCUCCGCACAGCGACGCUGGGAGACCCCGCUGCCAGCGAGGGGGACUCUACGCAGGCAGGCUAAGUCCUGGCCGGCAGGCGGAGGCGGACCCCUCUGCUCGGGGGCUGUUCAUUUUUGGUCUUGUUUGGAGCACUGUCCCCGGAGAACCAAAAUGCUUGAGGAAGGCCCUACAGCUAUUUGCUGAAUAAAUAUCGGGGCUGACAAGUGACCCGCUAACCCUGUCUUUGUACAUCGGCGCUCUCUCUCACUUGCAGUAUGGCAGUAGGGUCUCCAGUAGCCCCCUGGUAAUGGCUUUAUUGUCAUCCCAUUUCAUAGACGAGGAAGGUGAGGCCCAGAGAGGAAAGGUGUCUUCCCAAGGUUAGGGUGAGUUCCAGGUAGAGAUGGGUUCAAGGUCAGAGGCCUGCUUUUUGAACACUCCUGGUGGAGAGUGGCCUAGUAUUUCUUGUGACAGGAGUGGUCCUGCAUCCAGGAAGUCAUUUUCUCUAAAGGAGGCCCCGGGCUCCUUCCAGAGCAAGCCAACAGAGCUGGGAUGUCUCCCAUCUGCUCCUUCCAAAGCUGCAGGAAGGCCCCCCGUCCCAGGCCCCCAGAGCCUUGUCCUGAUGGAGAGCUCAUUCUCACAUCUCUGGACACUUGCAAAUUGAGAGAGGAGGCCAACCAAGAGGUAGGACUUAAAUGGAGGAGGUCUGGGGACCCGGUGGCCCCAGCCCAGGUGGGAGCCUAUUUCUCUCCUGCUCCCCAAGCAGUUCACAGAGGUUGACACGGCCCACUGCAUCGGAGCCACUGGGACCCAGCUACGUAGUAGUGCCCACUCUUCCUCUUACUAGCUGGGUGACCCCAGCAAAGUUGCUUAACAUCUCUGAGUUUCAGCUUCUGCCUCUGUAAAGGCCAGUAAUGACACCCACCGUGCUGUGCCUGGGACGUUAAAAUGGAAACCAUGCAAGGGUAGCUGGAGCCUGGGGUCUUGUAGUUGCCAAAUCUGAAUACUUGGGGCUUGACGGUUGCAAUUCCCAGCUCUCCCCUGGUGGUUGAGGCUGGCCCAACCCUUCCCCCCAGCCUCAGUUCUCCCCACAUCUGGAAUUGGGUGGGUACAUCUGGCUCAGAGCAAGAGAGCUGUCAGGGACACCGGAUUUGUUGUGGAAACAUUCAGGCUGUCUUGGCACCCCUGAAUGAUGGGAGGGAACUGGCCCAAGUUCUGGGCAGAUCCCCUCCGUUAGCCCCCCUCUCCGUGAGUGAAAAAGAAGGAAAAGCUACCCCAAGACUUCUCCUGCCAAGGGGACAGAUAGGAGGUGUGUCGGCAUGCCCCCAGGCCUGGCAUGGUGGGCACAGAUAAAUGUUUGUUAGAUAAAGGAGUGAUAGGAGUCCAAGACUUCCACUUCAGAGCACUCCCUGCCUCCCUCUUCCUCCCUCCAGCUUCUUCCAAGCUUAGCUGGAAUUCUGCCACCGGAGAGUCAUUCUUUUGUUUCCUAUUAAGCUGCAGGUGCUCUGGGAGGGGCAAGAUGUCCGGUCUCUUUGGCUCAGCUCGACUGACCCAGGGUGUCCGGUCCUGGGGUGGGGUUUCCUGAGUAAGGGCCUGGGCUGGGGGGGGUGUAGCUGGGACUCAGCCUCUCCUGCAUCCUCUUUCCUCCUUCCUGCUCCCUCCUGCCAGUCCCCUCACUCUUCCCUUGCCCUGCCCGGCCUGGCCGGGGAUGAAUAAUGGGGCAGAGGACCUGGCAGAGGCCUCCCUGAUGCUGCUUGGUGCUUCCCCAGUGAUUUCCCACCUGCUCAGCCCCUGUUGGCCUGGGGAGAGUGGGCUCAUCUAGUUACCUGCUGGGUGACCUUGGACAAGUUUCUUUGCCUUCCAUGCUCUGAUUCUACACAUCAGGCCAAUCCCCCACCGUGGGAACUAGAGGAAGUGCUUGCUCCACUUCCUUUUUCUGUCAAACCUGCACGAUACCCCUCCAGAGUGUAUUUAUUUUUCCCACAUUAAAAAUAUCUUUAUUUUUUCUGACUACAUGAAUAAUACGUGCUCAUAAAUAAUACAUGCUUCUUAUUAAGAAUUUGAGCUUAUAGGGCUUCCCUGGUGGCGCAGUGGUUGAGAAUCUGCCUGCCAAUGCAGGGGACACGGGUUCAAGCCCUGGUCUGGGAAGAUCCCACAUGCUGCGGAGCAACUAGGCACGUGAGCCACAACUACUGAGCCUGCGCGUCUGGAGCCUGUGCUCCGCAACAAGAGAGGCCACGAUAGUGAGAGGCCCGCACACUGCGAUGAAGAGUGGCCCCCACUCGCUGCAACUAGAGAAAGCCCUCGCACAGAAACGAAGACCCAAAACAGCCAUAAAUAAAUAAAUAAAUAAAUAAAAGAGUUCCUUUAAAAAAACUUAAAAAAAAAAAAAAGAAUUUGAGCUUAUAAAAGUAUGAACAAGAGAGGGAAGUCACCUGAAAUUCUACCACUUUGAGAGAACUACCAUCAACAUUUUGGUGACCAUCCUUUCAUAUUUGGCUUACAUAUAUCAUUUCUUAGUAAUGGGCCCCAGGUAUUAAUUUUUUCUGAGGACAACUUUCCUCCCAUGUCACAAGCCCCACACCCCAUCCCUGCCCUCUACCCCAGUCUAGGUAACCCAUAUGACAACCUAGUGCCAGCCUUCUAUAUUCGUCUCUGUUCCUAUAUCGAAUAUAAUCCUAUGCAGACCUGUAUAUGCAGGUACACAUACAUGCAUGUUCAGGGAGUGGGGAGGAGAGCUGGUCAAUGUUUUCAAAAAAUGGAACCUUCUAGACUACAUUUUUUCAUUUUGCUUCUCUCUCUCUGCAAUGCCUUAUGGGAAUCCCUCCAAAACGUCUGAUAGCUCUAAUUUUAUUUAUUUGUUUGUUUGUUUGUUUGUUUAUUUAGUGGCUUGUGGGAUCUUAGUUCCCCUACCAGAGAUUGAACCCCGGCCACAGCAGUGAAAGCGCUGAGUCCUAACCACUGAACUGCCAGGGAAUUCCCUGAUAGCUCUAAUUUUAAAAUGGGAAUGAUAGGAGGGUGAUUGUGAUGAUUAAAUGAGAUGUGUGUGCAAAGAACUCAACGAAAUUCCAGGCACAGAGCAGAGCUGCCACGCCCCAGAUAUUUGUAUCCCCCACUCCAUCUUCCCCUUAGGCGCUGGGGCAGGGAGGAGGGGCAGAAACUACAUUAAGCUUAGGCCCUGCCCAUAAGGAACUCCUCACGGAGAGGAGGAGAAAAGGGAAGCUCUGAGCAGGUGACCUCACUUCCAGUAGGAUGUGAUGGGGCCAAAUGGGAGGUGUCGGUCGUUAUGCACUGUUGGCUGAACUCCUGCUGUGCCAGGCCUGGGAGGAUGAGACAGAGGUUACAAGAUCUCAAUCCUCCGUCAAGUCGGGAGCUGAGACAAAUCUGCGAGACCCCCAGACAAGUUGGCACUGGUCACGUCUUGGGCACAGUUGACUGCAGACCACAGUGAUGAGCAGAGCUGGGGACUCAGGGCAAGAGAUCAGAGCCGGGGCAGCUCCUCAGCCCUGGACCAGAGAGAAGCUGGCGAGGACGAGCCCAGAGAGCAUCACUGCCUACGAGCUCUGCGCCUUCCUGCUUCCAGUUUUCAGACGAGUUUUCAACCCUCUUGGGAGAAAGUGAUUUUUGUUAUCUCGAUCCUCUGACUUCAUCGAUCGUUUAUCUUUCUUUUCCAAAUUCCUUGGGCCAACUUUGGUCACACCACACGCACUUGGCAAGUGUUUGGUGUCUGGAAACCUCCCUCUAGGUGUUUCUUGAGGGUGGUGAGAGGAGGCAGCGGAGGCCGUGGUCCUGCGAGCAGACUGUCCAGGCCUGGGUGGUGAGGUCGCGAUGUCCACCAAGGUGCCCAUCUAUCUGAAGCGCGGCAGCCGCAAAGGCAAGAAGGAGAAGCUGCGGGACCUGCUGUCCUCAGACAUGAUCAGCCCACCACUGGGGGACUUCCGUCACACCAUUCACAUCGGCAGUGGUGGCGGCAGUGACAUGUUCGGUGACAUCUCCUUCCUGCAAGGCAAGUUCCACCUCCUGCCGGGGACGGCGGUCGAGGAGGCCGAGGAGGAUGGUGGCUUUGAGCUGCCCUUCCAGUUCACGCGCACGGCCACCCUGUGCGGGCGGGAGCUCCCCGACGGGCCGUCCCCUCUGCUCAAGAACGCCAUCUCCCUCCCGGUCAUCGGCGGGCCCCAGGCACUCACCUUGCCUGCCGCCCAGGCCCCACCCAAACCCCCUCGCCUGCACCUGGAGAGCCCUCAGCCUUCCCCACAGCCCUCCCCGCAGGAGGCAGGGAGUGUGGACAUCUGGCGGAUUCCAGAGGCUGCCUCGACCCACAGUGGGCUGAGCCCCGAGUCUGGGGCUGAGGAGCCCUUCCUGUCCCACGCCAGCUCCCUGCUCUCCCUGCACGUAGACCUGGGGCCUUCCAUCCUGGACGACGUUCUCCAGAUCAUGGACCAGGACCUGGGCCACCUGCAGAUCCCCACAUAGGACCCAAGAAUGGCCAGGCUGGGGUGAAUGCCAGAGACAGUUGGUGGACACGGCCCUGAUCUAGAAGUCGGGGUCCCAAGGUCCCACCUGCGUGGUUGCUGGCCAGUGAUUUCUCACUUUGAGCCUUUGUUUCCCCUCCCUCCCACCCUCUUACCGUGGACAGAGUGGCCUCUUUGCUUUCCCCUAAGCCCCACGAGGAUAUGUGUAGACGUCAGCCCAAAGUGCCCUGUGCCUCCUGGGCCACCCGGUACCCCACCGCCAACUGCUCCUCAGACCCCUUGGACUGAGGCUCUGCUGAAAUGGAAUCUGCUUUUCACCUCCCUCUGCCUCAGCCCCAUCAGCGCCCUGCUGGGGGGCGGAGGGUGAGGGAAGACGUGGGGCACAGCCAGCUGGAUCUCUGGCUCUGUGUCCUUAACUGGGAAUGUGGCACCAGUGACCGAUGUCCCUCCACCCCACCCCUCCUACAUGACCAGGGGAUUCUGGUUGCAAUAAAACUUGCUGCUGCUGGUACUUGUGUUCACCGUACCCUGCCCCCAGGCUCCUCUUGAAGUCAGGCCAGGCUCUGGGAGCUGUGGGCUGACCCUGGGGGAGACCCCAGCCCCAGAGGGCCUUGAACAGGGUGGGGCCUGCCUUCUGGAAGAUGGUACCCCAUUCCUAGCCCAUAGUGAGAAUGAAGCAGGAACGAACCAAGUGCCAAUUGGGGAUAUUCUGACAUUAAUUCGGGUGUUUGACAAGAGACGGCCAAGCACCGGAGUAGGCCAGGAGCUGGCCCUGGGGGCUGGGGUUUGUCAGGGAGGCCCAAGAGGCAAGGAAUAACCACAGGCCUGGCGCAGUGGAACCAACAGCUUCUCGGGCGCCAGAGGACUGAGGGAGCGCACGGCAGGGCGGGCUGGGCCUGGGGCUGGGCGGGAUCAGCCUUGCUCGUCAGCAGACCCAUCUCAUCAGCGCUGCCUAUUGAGCACCUGCAGUGCUUCAGACAUGCUCCAAGUCUGGUGGGGGGAAGGAUAUCAAAUCUGUAAGCAAGUAAAUUUCCAAUAGUGUUGAACACCAUGAAGAAAACACCAAGAUCAGUAAUGUCUGGGGCAAGGGUGCGGUGGUGUCGUGAUUCUGAGCCAAACCUGAGGGUUGACGGACUUAUGCUCACAUAUAAGCAAAGGCCCUGAGGCACCAGAGUGAGUGACAGAGAGGAUCUGACACGUGGCAAAAAGAGCAAAGGUCUCUGAGUCCAACCUAGCCUUGUGAGGCUCAGUUUCCCCAUCUCUAAAAUGCAGUCAGUGAUACCUACCUAACAACCUAGCAGGGUUGUUAAGCAAGUCAGGGAUAACGUUUAUUAGCGUGCACAUGGAAGGUAUUCGAACAUGGUUAUGCUGUGAGACAUAAAGGAACCCGGGGCUCGGGAAAGGCAGGACCGUGAAGCUGGAAAACUGGGUCGGAGUCGGCUUAGAACAGUUCUCCUUGCAAGGCUGAAGCUGAGGCCAUGGGAGCUGCCGAAAGAGUUUAAGCAGGAGAGACGGGGGGUCAGACCCAGGUUUUAGAAGGGUCACCAGCCAGGCCGAGUGGGGAGAUGGACCAAAGAUCAAAGAGGAAGAAGCCGUUGCAGGAAGAGGGCUGGCUCCGCGUGGGGACAGUGGGGACCGAGAGCAGGGGAAGGUGCUGGGGUGGGGCUUGGUGUCUGACUGGUACAGACCACGUGGGCAGCUGGAGGCCAAUGCCGGCCUCGGUGACCCCUCUUCCAUUCUCUGCUGGUUCUUUUCCAUCCUUUUGACCCUACAAAUCUCAGACUCCCACCUCACCCCCAGGCUUUUCUACCUCUAGGCAGAGAUUUCAUACCAGAGGCCGAAGCAGAAUUAGACCAGGAGGCAUUUUUCUUGACUACCCUGAUUUGUUUUUUAAAAGGUGAUGCGUUUUUUUUAUUCUGGUAAAACAUAUAUAACACGAAAUUUACCAUUUUAACCUUUUUUUAAAUUUAUUUAUUUAUUUUUGGCUGUGUUGGGUCUCUGUUGCUGCACGCAGGCUUUCUCUAGUUGCGGCGAGUGGGGGCUACUCCUCAUUGCGGUGCGCGGGCUUCUCAUUGCCAUGGCUUCUCUUGUUGUGGAGCAUGGGCUCUAGAGCGCAUGGGAUUAGUUGCUCUGCAGCAGGUGGGAUCUUCCUGGAUCAGGGCUCAAACCCAUGUCCCCUGCAUUGGCAGGCGGGUUCUUAACCACUGCGCCACCAGGCAAGCCCCCAUUUCAACCAUUUUUAAGCAUAUGGUUCAGUGGCAUUAAGUACAUUCACAUUAUUCUGCAACCAUCACCACCAUCCAUUUCCAGAACUUUUUUCAUCUUCCCGAAGUGAAACUCUGUACCCAUUAAACACUAACUCCACAUUUCCCCACACCCCCUGCCCCGGCCCCUGGCAGCCACCCUUCUACUUUAUGUGUCUAUGAAUUUGACUACUCUAGGGACCUGAUACAAGUGGAAUCAUACGGUAUUUAGUUUGGGGGUUUGUUUUAUUCUUUUGGCCGAGCCUCACGGCUUAUGGGAUCUUAGUUCCCAGACCAGGAAUUGAACCAGGGCAGUGAAAGCACCGAGUCCUGACCACUGGACCACCAGGGAAUUCCCUAUUUGUCUUUUUGUGACUGCCUUAUUUCACUUAGCAUGAUGUCUUCAAGGUUUAUCCAUGCUGUAGCAUGUGUUGAAAUUUCAUUCUUUUUAAAAGCUGAGGACUUCCCUGGUGGCACAGUGGUUAAGUAUCCACCUGCCAAUGCAGGGGACACGGGUUUGAUCCCUAAUCAAAGAUGCCACAUGCUGUGGAGCAACUAAGCCCAUGCGCCACAACUACUGAGUCUGUGCUCUAGAGCCCGCAAGCCACAACUACUGAAGCCCACGCGCCUAGAGCCCGUGCUCCGCAACAAGAGAAGCCACCACAAUGAGAAGCCC